AUCAAUUUAUAAAAUUUUAAUUAAAUUGAAACAACUAUAUAUUAAUUUUUACAUAUUUUUAUCCUUUUUACUCAAUAAACAUAAUUUUAAUUGAAAAGCUUAAUCAAUUUAAUGAGCGAGUAACCUCUGUAGCAAGUUUAGCCAUAAUAAAAUUUAGACUAAAAUAAUGAUGAUUUAAUUGAUUCAAAGAUAGAUUAAAACAAUGCCGAUUUAUAGAAUUAAAAUGAUUUCGAUCCUAUAGAAGAUGAAAAUGAUAUAAAUGAAAGUGACAGUAAUGAAAAUAAUAGUUAAAACAAUUUAUAAGAAGAGUAAAAAUCAGAAAACUAAGUAGAAGACAACAAUUAAAAGUUAUCAAAAAAUGAAAUGAAAAGAUAAAAGCGUGCAGAGAUGUGGGAAUCAAUAAAGAAGAAGAAGAAAGAGCUAAAAAAGUAAGAAAAAGAAAAGAAGAAAUUAGAAAGAUAGCAAUAACAUAUUGAAAACUCAAAAAAUUAAGAAGAAGUAAUUUAGUAGAAAUAGCAGCAUAAAGAACCUUAUAAAUCUAAUUAAUAACUAAGGGAUGAGUACUCUAAUAGAGCAAAGAAUGGUUAGCCUAUUAUUUUGGAUAUGUAAUUUUUAGAUAUGUUAGAAGAUAAAGAAUUUAAAAGUUUAGUGAAAUAAUUAUGUUACAUGUAAUCAUCUAACAAAAAGGCUGAAAAACCUUGUAGAUUUAUAAUAUCAUCUGUAAGCCCUAAACUUAGAUAAGCCCUCAAUGCAAAUAAUGCAGAUAAGUGGGGUAUUGAAAUACUAGAUCAGCACUAUUUAGAUUUAUUUCCAAAGGAUAAUUUAGUCUAUUUGACUGGUGAUACAGACCAAGAUUUAGAUGAGUUAGACUAAUAAUGUGCUUAUAUAAUUGGUGGACUUGUAGAUCAUAAUAGAUUAAAAAAUGUAACUUUGAAUGCUGCCACGGAAUAAGGAAUUCAAGUAAAGAGAUUCCCAAUUUAAAAUCAUUUAAAACUAGAAGCCUCAAGUAUACUUGCAUGCAACCACGUUUUUGAUAUUAUGGUCCAAAGAGCUAAUGGAAAAAGUUGGAAGGAAAGUUUAUAAACUGGAAUUCCUAUACGUAAAGUAGUUGCCUUGAUAGAAAAUGGAGUAGAAAUCCCUACAGAGCACUAUUUAAAAAAGUUAGAAUAAAUGAAAAAAUAGUAAUAGAUUGCUUUAGAAAAGAAAAAGCUCUAAGAAUAAUCUUAGGAAUUUAUUAAAGAUAGCUAAAAAGCUUCAACAUAUAAUGAAAUUAAAGAAACUGAUUUAAAAGAAUCUGAUAUUUAAAAUGAAAGUGAUGAGUCUAGCACAAAUAAGGAUUGUAUUUGA